CAGUUGUUAGCCAUUCCCAGCAACCAAGGUGGAGGUGGUAGUGGUGGUGGUGGUGGUGGUGGUGGAGGGUGGUGGUGGUGGUUGAUGGUGGUGAAUGUGGUAGUGGUAGUGGUCAUGGUGGUGGUGACGGUAGUGGUGGAGGUGUGGUGGGGGCAGUAAUGAUGGUGGUGAAUGUGGUAGUGGUGGUGGUGGCCAUGGUGGUGGUGAUGGUAGUGGUGGAGGUGUGGUGGAGGCAGUAAUGAUGGUGGCAGAGGUGGUGGUGGUGGUCAUAAUGGUGGUGAUGGUAGUGGUGGAGGUGUGGUGGAGGCAGUAAUGAUGGUGGCAGAGGUGGUAGCGGUGGUGGUGGUCAUGGUGGUGGUGUGGUGGGGGCAGUAAUGGUGGUGGUGGAGGUGGUAGUGGUGGUGGUGGCCAUGGUGGUGGUGAUGGUAGUGGUGGAGGCGUGGUGGAGGCAGUAAUGAUGGUGGCAGAGGUGGUAGUGGUGGUGGUGGUCAUGGUGGUGGUGACGGUAGUGGUGGAGGUGUGGUGGAGGCAGUAAUGAUGGUGGCGGAGGUGGUAGUCGUGGUGGUGGUCAUGGUGGUGGUGACGGUAGUGGUGGAGGUGUGGUGGGGGCAGUAAUGAUGGUGGUGAAUGUGGUAGUGGUGGUGGUGGCCAUGGUGGUGGUGAUGGUAGUGGUGGAGGUGUGGUGGAGGCAGUAAUGAUGGUGGCAGAGGUGGUAGUGGUGGUGGUGGUCAUGGUGGUGGUGACGGUAGUGGUGGGUGUGGUGGAGGCAGUAAUGAUGGUGGCGGAGGUGGUAGUCGGUGGUGGUGGUCAUGGUGGUGGUGACGGUAGUGGUGGAGGUGUGGUGGAGGCAGUAAUGAUGGUGGCGGAGGUGGUAGUGGUGGUGUGGUCAUGGUGGUGGUGGUCAUGGUGGUGGUGAUGGUAGUGGUGGAGGUGUGGUGGAGGCAGUAAUGAUGGUGGCAGAGGUGGUAGUGGUGGUGGUGGUCAUAAUGGUGGUGAUGGUAGUGGUGGAGGUGUGGUAGAGGCAGUAAUGAUGGUAGUGGAGGUGGUAGUGGUGGUGGUGGUGGUAGUGGUGGUGAUGGUCAUGGUGGCGGAGGUGGUAGUGGUG